GGAAGUUUAGUGACUCAUAAGGGCUGUUUUAGAAAUUUUUUUAUAAUACAGUUUUCUGGUUGCAAUUUAAUAAAGAACAAAAGAAAUUGCCAACAAAUUAUUUGCAGGGGAAUACCGAUGCAGAAUGACACUCAAUAGUGGGGCUGUGUAGGGUCCGUUGCAAGGAUAAACAGCAAACUUGAAGAUCAGUUUGUUUCUGGUUUGAGUAGUCAACCGGCGAUACAAAAGGUUCAAUUGUAUUGCACAAGGCGUUUUACCAUCCAAUUUUCCGCAUUGCUGCUACCUUUCAAAAGAAGAAAAUCGAUUGUAAAUUGGAAAACAAUUUGACGCAUCGAUUAACAUAAUGCAGAAGUGAAACUGUUAUCUCCAAAACAACAAGAUCAGAGUCCCUUGAAGUCAUAAAUAAACCAGUACUUAAACUCUAUUAGUACAUAUAACCCAAAAAUAGUUAGUGAAUUUUAUAAUGAAAGUAUUUUUACGGGUUGUUGAAGGAACUUAGAUAAACAAACUGAAUGUAUCUAGUAGGUACGAAUUUUCCAUCCCGAACUGUUACGAAAUCGGAAAUAUUGAAUCUUCCAGGAUGAACCUUUAUUUGCUACCACAGUUUGUUUCGUCUAGUAUAGUUGGGACGUUUUGUUUCCUAAUUGGCAUACAGCUCGGCUAUUUAUCCAUUUUAAUCCCUUAUUUUAUUAAGAAUGACAACAUGCCGGUUCAGGAAUCUUUCACUUUGUCCGACAAUGAAGUAUCGUGGUUGUUAAGUAUGGCUGCCCUUGUAAAACCGGUCAGCGGCCUCCUAGCGGGAUUAGUCAUGGAUCACUUCGGAAGACUAAACACACUGAGACUUGGGAUAAUACCAUGGUCGAUUGGAUGGAUAAUAAUCGCAGAGGCGUCGAAUUUCCCGAUGCUGAUGGCCGGAUACAUAAUUUCACUUUUGCCACACUCGUGGUUUGUGAUCUCCCUACUUGCGUACAUUAGCGAAAUUAGUUCUCCUAGCGUAAGAAGUGUACUGCUUAACUUUAAGUCGGUCUUCUGGGGACUAGGAAGUAUGGCGCCUUUUCUGCUUGGCGCUCUUCUGCAUUGGAGGACGGUAGCUUGGAUUAACUGCUUGUUACCAGUUAUACCUGGAGUUGCCACACUGUUUCUUAAAGAAAGUGUGUUGUGGCUUGUAACAAAAGGGCGCGUUAACGACGCAAAGAAAUCACUUGCAUACUUUAACAGAUACCGAAAAUUAUCAAAAGAUGAAGACUUAGAAGGUGUAAUUGAACGUAAGCUACUUUCGGUCCAAACACUUCACGAGGAAUAUCGAUCAUCUAACCGGAGUCUACUUCAUAAAAUGAAAUUUUUCUUUCAACCCUCGGGGUAUAUAAGAAUAUUUAUGCUGGCGGGUUUAGAAUGUUUCAACGAGGUUACAGGAUCAAGUGUAGUGUUUGCUAACAUCAUAGUUUUCUUUACAGAAUUCGGUACCACAAUAAAUCCGUACGGAAUUGGAAUUUACAUAGGGGUAACUAAGUUAGCUACGUCAUUUUUCAAUGCCUGGUUAUUGAAAACCUUCAAAUUUCGAUCGAUUUUGAUGGCAAACUAUGUAACAGUCUCUGGAUGUUUGCUAGCUUGGGGACUAUACCUUGAAUACAACACAAAAGGUACCACAAUUUAUCAAUGGAUUCCGUUGUGCACAAUGAUAUUGUACACUUUCUCACUAUCAGCAGGUGUAUAUUCUGUACCAGUUGUCAUUGCGCCGUUAAUUUUCCCCACUCACGUACGUGGAACGGGCCAGGCGAUCACAACGCUGAUCCAAAGCCUUCUGGAAUUUUCAGCAAUACAAUCCUAUUAUGCGAUGAAAAAAAUUGUGAAGCACUCUCAUAUCCUGUAUUUUAUGGCACUUUUUUCGCUAUUAGCAUGCGCAUACAUUUACAAAUAUGUUGUAGAAACUCAUGAAAAAUCGUUUUCUGAAAUAGAAAACUAUUUCAGUAAAAAAGACAAUUGUAAUAAACGAAAUUCGCUGCCUGGGGAGGAAUUAGAAUCUUUCCAUGAAAAAUAAACCAUUACGUCUUAUAUUGUUACUUAUGAAAGAAUUACUGCGCGCUUGGUGACUUUCGUCUACGAAAGUUAUUUUAGACGCAGAUUUAGGCCAGACCCUCGUUAUUACUAAUAAGCGUAACAACCCUUUUCUGUGUAAACCAGUUUUUUUUUACAAAAACGAUUGUGAAUUCAAAGUAAUAUAUGGGACUAAAGCAAUAAGGGUGAAAAGUGUACGUUUCUAGCACGCCUAAUUGUUUUAUGUUGUUCUAAUAGAAUGGAUAUUUAGCUUGUAAAGAAAGCACUCGGACGGUCAAUUAAAAACUUAUCAUUGUACAGUAACGAAGUAACUUACUUAGUAAAAAGAGGUGCAAUUUUCCGGAAAUUAAAAUUAACACUUACAACGCAAAUUUGGAAAUAUUUUUCACUCUUGGUAAAAAUUCGCUUCGGUAACAGAAAUAGCGCCUAUAAAAUACUUUCGAAAGCAAAAACUCCUCUCAUUUAAAUAACUUUUUUGUAACUAAGUAGUCGCCGCGGAAUUGAUUUCCGAAACUUAAAUAGUACGAGUGCACGAAGAGGUUGGAGUGGAAUAGAAUAGGUCUCUAAAUCCUUACGUGAAGGUGCAAAACGGGAAACAUUAUAUCUUCGUAACCAAAGCGAAUGGACCAUGAGCACAGUGCGAAAUGGCCGUAGAGUUAAUCGUACAGGAAUUGCCAAAGAGUUAAUUUUUCACGUGUUGCGCGAAGUACUUGUUUUUUCUAUGUGUUAAAAUGAAUGUUCAAUUUAUCCAGAAAGAUUGAUUUAAAUUGCUUUGAAGUUCCUACCUGUUAACCGCGAACGUACGUUAAUGUUGUUUGAAGUUGUUAUUUCCAAUUCCAUUUCUGUAAAUGAACUUGAUCUGUUUAUUGCUGUAACUAAAUGUAAAGAUACCUACCAAGUAUUUAUUCCACACGCUAAACGUGCAGAAUCAGUAACGUGAUCGCGGAUACAAAACU